AUGUUUCUACAUAUAAUUUUAAUGAAUAAAUUAUUAUUUUUAUUAGCAUACUGGCAUUUGCAAUGGAGCUGUUACACACUACACCAUAUAAGAAGGAUUGAAAAAAUAAUUACAUCGAGAGGAUUAAGUGAAAUAAAUUUAUAUGAACCGAAUUAUGAUAAUGAUCUUGAAAUGAAAAAAGUAAUGGAUAACUUUAAUCGACGAACAGAAAAACGAUUUGAAGAACUUAAUGAAAGAAUAAAGGAAAAACGAAAAAAAUAUAAUAAAAAAUGUGAUAAUGAUAUAAAAGAAAUUAUUGUAAAGGAUAAAAUAGAAAAACAAUUAAUAAAAAAAUUUUCAGCAUUAGAGAAUGUAUCUGAUCCAAACCAUUUACAUAAAGGUAAAAGUAAAAAAAAGGUAACACAUAAUGUACAAAAGUGUUCUUAUAAAAAGAGAAAAUCAUUACGAAGUAUCUUAACAGAAUGGGACAUUUUAGAUAAUAUUGAUAUGUAUGAAUGGAUACCAUUUUGUUCUACUGAAGAAAAUAGUGAUGGUAGUAUAAAAAAUAUUAAAGAUGCCAUUACUAAAGUUGGCUAUAUAGGUUCUAAUAAUUCUAUUGCUCCUGAAAAAAAGGGUGUAAAAGAUACUACUGGACUUCGAUCUAUACUUAGUUCUAUUCUAGGUUCUUCUAAUUCCUUAUUUCAAAAAUAUAUAGAUGAAAAUAUUACAUCUGAAGGUAGUAGUUUUAAAAAACAAAGUAGUUUUGCAUCUUUUAUUAUUUAUGGCUUAUCAGAAAUUGUUGAACAUGUUGUAGUUCCUGUUGUCACUACUCUUUUUUUUGGAAAUACUGGUGAUGAAAAGGACAGUAAAUCUAAACCUGGAGGGAAUAAUUCAUCUGGGGAAGAAUCUCAAGUGUCUACACUUUCAUGCUCAUGUAAAGAUAAAAGUGAAUGCACAUGUAAGUGUACAGGUACUUGUGUAUGUAAGUGUGUAUGUAAGAAUUCAUCAGAGCCUGCGAUUACAUGUGCUUGUGUUGAAAAGUGUAAAGAUGCAUGUCAGUGUGCGACAUCGUGUGCUUGUGCAAAGAAGUGUGUUAGUGCAUGUGUCUGUGCAGAGAAAUGUGUCGCUGCGUGUGAAUGUGCAUGUGCACAUCAUUCACACAAUCAUAUGUUCAUUAUACCAAUUAGUUCUGAAAGCUUUAUUGCGGCUUAUACUAUAGCUUCCAUACUUUUAUUUUUAUAUUUUAUAUUACAAUUCUAUAGAAAAAUAAGGAUGGAGAAAAAACAGAAAUAUUUAAAAUUAUUAAAAGAAUAG